AGUUUCGUUCGAACAGCGCGCCGAUGCACAUCGUUUAAUAAUUCAUUUCACAAAUCGUUAUUUAUGUUUAACGACGCAAAAUUUGGACAAUGUUUUAAUUUAAAAAAAAGUUUAAUUUGAUUUUAAUUUUUCUUUGUGGUUUGGUGUUCUUUGUGCGCGUGUUUUGAUUUGAAUUAUUAUUUUUUUUAAUAAUGCUAGUUGCCAGUCCUUUUAUUCAUCCGUACGAAGCGUGUCCCAGGGUUAUUUCGGAAGUUCGAAAAACAGAAGACACCAAUUUCAAGUUGAAUAAAGAUCACCAGAACAGAAAUAGAUUAAGUGGUGAAUUGUUGGUCAAGUAUGGAAAAGAACAACCUUGGAGUCCGCGUAAAGUCUGUAUUAGAGGAGGUCAAUUAUUGGUGGGUUGCAGCAACAGCAAUAAUUGCGGCGAUUCUGGGACAAGUAAUAACCAUAAUCAAGAAAUUAAACCGACAAGUUUAAAAAUCCCUUUAAGAAGACUUAGUUUAUCAGCGGGAUCGUUACCGAAUAGCUUAUCACUAAUCCGAGGACAAAACAUUGUUGUCACUUUGCAGACAACGACGGAAUCCUCGUUUGAUACAUGGGUAAAAGCAAUAGCAAUAGAAUUGAUACGACAAACUCCUUUAGAAGACAUCAAAUACUUUGAUAUCUUAACGAUUCAGAAAUGUUGGGGUACGAAGGAAGAUGAAAACGCUAAUUAUAAUCGUAUCGACGAUACGAUAAUAAAAUGUUUAAAUAAAUCGAAAGUACAAAUAAAAGAGCCAAAAACUUUAUUAACACAACAAAAAGAAAGUGUUUUACCAAAAAUAACUGAUUUCGACAAAAGACAUCGAAGAUAUUUAUCCCCGAUUCCAACAUCAUCAUCAAGUAUAAUCCAUAACAACGUUACGCAUGAAAAAUUAAGGAUAAGAAGUAAAUCUUGUAACGCUGUGUCAAGAAAUUCAACGGAACCUAAAGCUUCCGAUGAAAAUUCCGUGGAGGUGUUAUUAAAAAAGUGUCAAAAUUCCGAAAAUUAUGUCCCUGUUAAAGAGAAAUUGUUACUGUUUGAAACGUUGUGUCGUCUAGGAAGAAAAGUGAGAAGUACGGAGGAUGUUUCGCAAAAACUCGAAGGAGGAGGUGCAACGAAGAGGGCUAAAUCUUUACACGAUUUGAGUUUUAAUAGCGCCCCCGUAAAAGAAAUUUGUCAGUAUUUUGAAACAAGAAGCUUAAAAGAUGAUUACGAUAAAGACUCAACUCAACAUGUUAACAUUAAAAGCAAUAAAUUUUAUCGUGUACUUAAAACUUAACUUUUUGAUUAAUAUAAAACGAUUUUAAAAAGAAA